AUGUCAUUCAUCAGACCCGCUUCAAUGAGACUCACCGCUGCUCCUCGAGCCGUCAUGAGACCUCGAGUCACACCUAAACGAAUUACCGCUCCUGCAUUCAGAAGGACAUUUGCUACUGAAGUUCCUCCUGCUCAACCUACCACCCAAACCCCACCUCCCUCUUCAGGUGGUGGUGGUGGUUCCAAUGCCCCUAUGCUUAUCGUCCUCGCUGCAAUCUUGGGUGUAGGUGCAGGAGGUUACUACUACCUUAAGCCAGUCAGAGAUGUAGCUGCUAUCGCUCAUUCUGGUAUCACCAGCGCUAAAGAGAAUGCCGAGUCUUUGAGCGGUCUUACCGAUUACGCCAAGGGUUUCCUUCCCCCAGGAGCGUUCGCAUUGUAUCAAGCAUUAUCUUCUCAACCCGGUGGAGCAGGUGGUUUCUUAGCUUCAUUGAAAGACAAAGAUCUCAAUGAUGUCCUUGAUGAAGUCAAGAAACACGGUGGAGAUGACAUCAAAAAAGUAGUCGAAAAAGUACAAAAAAAAGUACAAGAAUCAAAAGGAGAUAUAUCAAAAAUAGAUUGGAAAUCAUUGGCAUCUGAAUUAAAAGAUGAUUUACCCGAAGGAUCACAAAAAAUGAUUGAAACUCUUAUCGGUAAAAUUCCAGACAAAGCAGAUUUCGACGCUCUGAUUAAAAAAGCUAAAGAUAUCGGUCAAGAUCAAUUGAAACAAGUUGAAGAUUCAGCUUCUAAGAUAUUGAAAGAAGUUGAAAAAGCUAGAAAAGAAGGUAAAGAUACAGCAGAUGCUUUCUUAAAAGGUCUUAAAGAGGCCGCACCUGCCGAUGUCGAUUCCUUGAUCAACCAACUUAAAGAGACAGCCAAGAAAGCCGGUCUUCCAGCUGAUACUGCCGAAGCUUGGUUGAAGAGUAAAGCCAAGGACGGAAAGGUCGACGCUGAAGCUUUGGCUAAACAAGUCGAAUCCCGACUUAAAGACGCUGCCAAAUUCAUCCCUGGAGAACCUAAAGAUUUGAUCAAACAAGUCGAUCAAUUAUCACCUUCUCUCGCUAAAUUACUUCAACAAGCUUUACAACAAGCUGAUAUCGUAGAUGAAAAAGGUAACAGAAAGUAA